AUGCAACUCCAAGCAGACAAGACAUCUGAAGAAUCAAAGGAGAUAAAACAAUUUUGUGAAUGGAUAUUGUCAAUUGGUGAUGGAAAAUGUGAAACACCAAAUGAUGGAGUUGACAAAGUUAAAAUCCCAGAUGAUAUUCUUAUUAGUGUGUGGGAUGAUCCUAUAGUAGCCAUCUGUGAAGCAACAUAUCCUGAUUUAUUUGGGGGUGCAAGUUGUGUUUCCCACCUACAACAACGAGCAAUGUUAGCACCCACGCUACAAGCUGUUGACGAGAUUAAUAAUUACAUGAUGAGUCUCAACCCUGCUGAGGCGUAUACUUACUACAGUUCUGACACUGCAUGUCAAGCAGAGUGCAGUAAUGACAUCAUGGCAUCCAUUCAUACUCCAGAAUUCUUAAACACUAUAAGAUGUUCGGGCGUCCCUAAUCAUGAGUUAAAGGUGAAAGUAGGUACACCUAUCAUGCUACUAAGGAACAUUGAUCACUCUGCUGGCUUAUGUAAUGGAACACGUUUGGUAAUAUCAAAGUUGGGAAAAUACAUCAUUGAAGCACAGAGCUUAACAGGAACAAAUUGUGGCCAAAAAGUUUAUAUCCCAAGAAUGACACUUAGUCCAUCAGACCAUAGGAUACCAUUUAAGUUUCAGCGGAGACAAUUUCCUAUAAUGGUAUCAUAUGCUAUGACUAUUAACAAGAGUCAAGGACAAUCAUUAUCAAAUGUGGGUCUCAUUCUAAAGAAGUCAGUGUUCACACAUGGCCAACUAUAUGUUGCAGUGUCAAGAGUUACAAAUAGGAAAGGUCUGAAGAUUUUGAUUUGCAACAAUGAAGAUAACCAAGAGACAGACAAUAUAGUUUUUAAGGAGGUGUUUAGAAAUGUUGGUUAA